CUGAAUAAUAACUCGAUCGCCGAACAAUUAUUUUCCGUUUGUGCUCCUGUUGGCGAUGGUUCGUUGCACAACUUUUCAGCUGAACAAUUGAACGGAUCCGGUGCGAUUGACUUUUCCGCCUAUGCAGGGAAGGUUGUGCUAAUUGUCAACGUCGCCACUUUCUGAGGCUUGACGUAUCAAUACCACGCCCUAAACGCUCUGCAAGAAAAAUAUGCCGGCUAUCUGCAAAUCCUCGGAUUUCCUUGCAAUCAAUUCGGUUAUAUCCCAACAAGAGCCCGGUGCAAAUGCCACAGAGAUUUUCAACGGCAUCGCCUACGUCCGACCCGGAAAUGGUUUUGUGCCAAAUUUUCCGUUGUUCAACAAGAUUAGAGUGAACGGAGAAAAAGAAGAGCCUCUUUACACGUUUUUGAAGUGUCUGUCUGCUGACACAGCCUUCAGGGCGAAACACAGGCUGGAUUGGGACUUGUUUUCCAUCUCGGACAUUCGUUGGAACUUCGAAAAAUUUCUGCUGGGACCCGAUGGAAAACCAUACAAGCGAUUUUCCGCUGUUGUGACACCCGAGGACAUUACUGAGCACAUUGACGAGCUUUUGAUCAGUGCCGGGGUGCUGUUGGCACUCUGUGGCAUUGUGUCGUCGCAAAGUCUGGUUUGCUCGCCAGAUGGCGCAGGUUCCUUGUAUGACUUUUCAGCCCCUCUGUUGGAUGGGUCUGGAACUGUUCAAUUCUCUGACUAUGAUGGAAAGAUCGCCCUUGUGCAAGAGCCUGGGGCGAAUGCCACGGAAAUCUACAAUGCUCUUGAGUUCGUGAGGCCUGGGAAUGGAUUCGUCCCGAAUUUCCAGCUCUUCAAGAAAAUAGAAGUGAAUGGUGCAAAUGAAAUACCUUUGUACACGUUCCUGAAGUCAAAAUGUCCAUCGCCGGAGGAGAACUUCAGGGAAAAGCUCAGAAUUGUGCACGAUCCAUUCAACAGCAGGGAUAUUCGUUGGAAUUUUGAGAAAUUCCUCAUUGGUCGCGAUGGUCAACCGUUCAUGAGGUUUUCUCCACCAACCGUUCCUGAAGAUAUCGCACCUUUCAUUGAUGAGCUCUUAUUGGCGGAAAGGCAGCCAGAAGAAAUGCAUUCUUCUCCUUUGAAACACUUGCAAGGAUUAACGUCUUAUCGGAAUGGCCGAACGUUCUGCGCCGGAAGUUCCGAGUUGUUUCUGGUUCGUGACCAUUUCGCGGAUGAAGCUCAUCAUUUCCAGUGGGUUCGUUUUGGGCUCAAAUCGCAUGUAGGGUUGCCCAGAUUGGUCAAUCAGGAACUUCUCAAAAUUCCACCGGAUGUCGUUGUUGUGGAGUGGAGC